AUGGCCGAAAUCAAGAAAUUAGCCAUGAUCGGCUGCGGCUCCAUGGGCGGCGGCAUGGCUCUGCUCUUCGCCGAGAAUGGCUGCGACGUGCUCCUGCAGGAUCCCUCCAACGAAGCCAUGGACAAGGUCCUCCAGCAAGCGGAAAAGGACGGCGUCGGCGAGAAGCUCUCCAAAUACCAAGACUACGCUUCCAUGUGCCGGAAUCUGGGGUCUCCGAAAGUCUUCGUCUGGAGCUUGCCGCAUGGCGAUGCUGGUGAUAAAGUGCUGGAAGGCCUGAUGCCGUUUUUGGAGAUUGGGGAUGUGAUUAUCGACGCCGCGAAUGAGCACUGGCAGAAUACCGAGAGGCGGAUGGGGAAGUGUGUUGUCAAGGGGAUUCGGUAUGUGGGUAUGGGUGUGAGUGGAGGGUAUCAGGCCGCGUGAGUACUCGAGGAUUCCUCCUGAAGACGAAGAUUUUCAUGCUGAGAUUCAACGAUGCAGCCGUCGUGGUCCGUCCAUGUGUCCUGGGUCUGACGCCGAGACCUUGGAUAUCGUCAUGCCGCUGCUGGAGAAGGCUGCAGCCAAGGCGCCGGAUGGUUCUCCUUGCGUGGGCAGGAUCGGUACGGGCGGUGCGGGUCACUACUGCAAGAUGAUCCACAACGGCAUCGAACAUGGUAUGAUGUCUGCCAUGGCGGAGGCGUGGGCGAUCAUGAAGAAGGGCUUGGGCAUGAGCCUGGAUGAGAUCGGCGAGGAGCUCCACCGCUGGAACCAGUCUGGCGAGCUCCAGGGUACUUUUCUCGUCCGCAUCGGCGCGGAGAUCUGCCUCACGAGAGAUGACAAGGGCGAGCGCGUGCUCGAUACCGUCGGCGACAAAGUCGUGCAAGACUGGACCGGCGAAGAAGGAACGGGAAUCUGGUCCAACGUCGAAGCCAUCGAACAGCACGUCCCCUCUCCCACGCUCAGCACCGCUCACUUCCUCCGCAUCGCCUCCGGAGACCUGCACCAGCGCCGCAUCAUCCACAAGACCUUCGGCGGCGCCUACGCGCCUCAACCGCUGGACGUGCCGGACAGGAAACAAUUCCUCGAAGACCUCCGCCUGGCCGUCUUCAACGCCUUCCUCUGCGCCUACAUCCAGGGCAUGAACAUCAUCGACAAAGCCGACAAGCAACACCACUUCCACGUCGACUACCCCCAACUCCUCCAAAUCUGGCGCGCCGGCUGCAUCAUCCAGGCCGAUUACAUCUCCACCCACCUCCUCCUGCCCCUCUACCGCGACUCCCGCUCCAAGCCGAACGACAAGAACCCCCUCUUCGAACCCGCCGUCGCCCACGAUCUCCAGCGCACUUUCGCACCCUUGAAGAAGAUUGUCGCCCAGGGCAUCGCAGCGGAUCACCCCAUCCCUGCUCUCAGUGCGACGUUGGAGUAUCUGAAAUACCAGACCAGCACGGCGUUGCCUACGAGUUUCUACGAGGCGGAAUUGGAUUAUUUCGGGAAGCACAUGUUUGAUCGGUGGGAUGAUGAUGUGGAGGGGAAGCCGGUGACGGGGAAGUAUCAUUAUGAGUGGAAGCCUGCGUGA